AAAAAAAGUCGCGAAAGAAAGUGCAUUUCCCGUAUUCCGCGAAAUUCCGUCCUUUCCUAUUAAUUUUGUUCAACCGUUGUUGCAUUUCCACUUACAAUGGUCGAUGAAGGGACUCGCCGGACCCUGAGCGGAAUUCCGCUGCUCAAGACAAAGGCAGGACCUCGCGAAAAGGAGUUGUGGGUACAGCGAUUGAAGGAGGAAUACCAGACGCUGAUUAAGUAUGUGCAGAACAAUAAGGCCAGCGAUUUGGACUGGUUCCGGCUGGAAUCGAACAAGGAAGGCACCAAAUGGUUCGGCAAGUGCUGGUACAUGCACAAUCUGCACAAGUACGAGUUCGACGUAGAAUUUGAUAUCCCCAUCACCUACCCUACGACGGCGCCAGAGAUUGCGCUUCCAGAGCUUGAUGGCAAGACAGCCAAGAUGUACCGAGGCGGAAAGAUCUGCCUAACGGAUCACUUUAAGCCUCUUUGGGCUAGGAACGUGCCAAAAUUUGGUAUUGCACACGCCAUGGCUUUAGGGCUUGCACCAUGGUUAGCGGUUGAAAUUCCGGAUUUAAUAGAAAAAGGCGUCAUUUCGUAUAAGGAAAAGGGAGAAACGUCUGGUUAACACCCGCUAUUCCUUUACCGUUCCAUUGCCGCGGCAUUUGGCCUGAUUGUUCGGCUGUUAAUUGUUUACUCCAUUGUCUUGUAAGGAUCGAUUAAAUAUACACGGGUGCACGCGUAACCGGGUUUGCUUU